AUGCGUUCGAAUGGUUGUACCUUGGUAUCCCUAAGAACUGCAGAAACUCUUGUAUAUACCCAGACCUUCCCUGUCCAAUGUCUCAUGAGCCGCGAUGUCCACAGCCUGGGGAUAAGCAAUGUGCGCAUGUGGCAUGCAUACUCUCACUACCUAUCUGUCCCGAAGAAUGUCCUGACAGUUGCCUUGUCAAAAAUCCACCCCAGCCGUGCUGUCCUACAGUGGGAACGCCUUACUGCCCCUGAGAUAUAA